UACUUUUGCAAUGUAUAGGCGUGACUUGAAGUAAACCGGGAGGGUCUCGUGGAUGUUUUUGCAGAACCGCACCGUGACAGCAGAAAACAUAAGAAGCUGCAGGACAUUCCAAGAUCUUCUGCGGUUGCUGUGCCAUCCUGAAUGGUUACUGUUGUGAUCUUCUUGGGAGAAUGAAUGAAGACAGCUCAGUCAAAACAUCUACAGAGAAGACUAGCAGCCCAGUUUGUGUCGGUACAGAAGAUGAUCUGAAAAAACAACGAAAAAUGAUGGUUACUGUCCAUGGCAGAGAAGUUGUUAUUUUCUGUCAUGCUGGAAUGUUUUAUGCUAUGGACUGCCGUUGUUAUCAUGCAGGAGGUCCUUUACAUCUUGGAGAAAUAGAGGAUUUCAAUGGACAGCCUUGCAUUGUUUGUCCCUGGCACAAGUACAAAAUAACUUUGGCUACUGGUGAAGGACUGUAUCAAGCAGUAAACCCGAGAGAGCCGUCUUCAUCUCCAAAAUGGCGAUCAAAAGGAGUAAAGCAAAGGACUCAUAGUGUUGCUGUUGAGGGUGGAAAUGUUUAUGUAACUCUUUCAGAUUUAGACUGCCGUAAAGAUUCUGAUUACUAUGCAGACAAGUUUAAUAAGAGGAUAAAUUAUCCUGUGAAAAAAUGAUACAUUCUGUGCUUCUUAAUAAGUUGUGUUAAAAUAAAAUGACCUUAAUAAAUUAUAUUAAUCAUGUAAAGGGACAUAAUGUUUAGAUGCUGAUACGAUAUCAAAUCAAUAAGAUUAUAAACAAACCCCCAGCCUCUUUCAAAAGUGAGAAAACAAAGAUAUAUUGAUGUCUUUGUGAAGAAAAGAUCAGUAGAGUAUGUAUGUAGAAAGUAUGCAAAAUGUUGAAUUUUUUAACAUUGAUACAAUUAAAGCUUUAAACUUUCAUGUUCAAA